UCUCCAGACGUGCGUGAAAAAAGGCAUUUUCCCAUAGAAAUAGUGCAUUUUCCGUGCUGAAAGCAAUGUAAAUCAGUUAUUGAACACCUCGCGUGAGAAUUGACAGUAUUAUUUGGGCUGCGUGAUCAGUAUUUGAGGCUAAAAUCGAUGUGAUGUGGUGUGAGUGACAUUUUCGUGUUUUUUGCGUAUCAGGCGAAAAUCGUGAUAAAGAAUGGGUAUUUUGGAGUCGGAAGCGUAUGGGGACUACUAUUACGACAUUUUCAUCAGCAAUUUCACCAAAAAAGCGUCAUCGGACAAGGGAUUUCGGACACGUGGGCGGGUGAGUGAGAAGAAGGAUGGACAGAAGCAUGUUGUUCCGGGAUCGCUGCUCAGCACUUAUCGGAUGGAAUUGGAGCCCAAUUCGUCCAAAUUCGCCGUAUUCUCUCUCAUUCGGGCGGCUGUGUUGGAAGUGGAGGCGAAGUACGCUCUAAUUUACGGGGGAUUUCCACGGAGAUCGCUGGGAAAGUCAACUUGCUGUGUGCAUUGCUCCACAUUGUGUAAGUGUCUUGUUUUGCAGAACACAGAGUCAGUUUCUCUAGAAUCUCUCUCUAUUCCUCUUCCAGCAGACAAUGACAGUGAUGACAGCGAUGAGUCCGAGGAGACAACGCAGCGGGAAAUCGUGCAGAAAGUUCCUCAAAUUGUGGGCGCAGGUCUGAAGAGUCUGUUUGAAUUGAUCGCCGAGGCGAGAAACAUCCAUCCACGUCUCUGCACGCGAGCCUUAAAGGCUCUUCUGGACAUCAUCCAGGGCCAGAAUCCCGAGAGCUUCAAGUCAGAGCCUGGAGAGAUGAUCAAUCAGCUCUUUGACCUUCUUCUUGAUCUGGCCACGCUGUACGAGAGUUCCUCGAUAGGCGACCAAUGUGACGUUAACAAUUGGUCUGCCAUCGGCUGCUCAGCUCUCCUGGGACUGUGUGUAGCCCGCGGAGACACUGGGAAGAUCCUGAGAGCCCUCACAGCGAUGCUAAUGUCACCGCCGCAACUCUCGUCGCAAUACAUCGCCUUUCCGCUUGUGCUGAACACUCUGCAGCGGAGCGUCAUCGCUGUGGCGCUUAACAGACCGACGAAGCCUGAUUUCCUGCGAAAUGGAAUCCCGAACAAUUGCUUGUUGGAUCAGUUUUCGCUGGCAAAUCAGCUUCCAGCAACUUAUGCCUUCAAUUUGCAACCCUCCAUUGCGUCCGAUGGGAGAUUUAUCUACAUUCUCUUGGGCAGGAGUCUGUUGAAGAUCGGCACAGGCUUCAAUGGCACACUCAAAGGGUAUCUCUAUGCGGUGAACAAUGAAUUUGGGAAGGAGACGAACGGGUGGAUUGGAUAUGCAAGAAGUACUCUCUACUAUCGGCGCUUGUCCAAGAGGAAUUUCGACAAUGUACUGAUUGUGGACACUGAAAAGCUGGCAGUUGUGGAGUCUGUGCAUCUCUCAGUUGGUCAGGGCAAGGAUAUUCAAAGUAUUCUCUUCUCAGACGGAGAAUCACUCAAUGUUUUGUGCACCACAAAGGAUGAUAGUUUGAUUGUGAAACAAAUUUUGCCUCCAAUCGCUGGAACGGUGUUUGAUUUGCCACUGAAGCUUGCCAGAAAGACAUUCAGGACAUUGGGAUAUGCAGCCUUUGAGGAUGAGGUGUUGAAUCAGAAUCAAAUCCAAAAGAUUCAAUCCUCAUACAAUCCUUUUGAGCCCAAACUCACCAAUGAUGUGGAGGUGUUGAGUGUGUGCUGCGGAAAGGAGUUUGGAUUGGUGAGAACACCAACGGGAAAGGUGUAUUACUAUGGCAAGGCUUCAUCUUUGGGACUGAAGAGUGUUGGGAAGAGUCCGACUCUUCGAUUGACUGAGUUGAUUGUGUCGAAAUCGGAAAAUAUUGUCCACAUUGCUGUGGGACAUGAUGGAGUUCAUGCUAUUCUUGUCACUGACGAUGGAUUUGUGUAUUUCACCGGAACAGCGAGGAGAGGUGAGGAUGGAGACUCCUCGAAGAAUCGUCGACAGCCAAAGGCGGUGAAACCCAAGAAGAUUGGGAAAGUGGAAGUGACAAGUGUGGUUUAUGCGUCGUGCAACAAUGGAACUUCUGCCUUUGUCACGAAGAGUGGAAAACUGGUGAUGUAUGGUAAGGAUACGGCGCACUGUGACGCUUCGGGAUUCGUCACGACUCUGGCAGAUCAGCACAUUGUAAAGGUGGCUCUGGGUAAGGCUCACUGUGCCGCCUUGAAUGCCAAAGGACAACUCUUCACCUUUGGCCUGAACAACAAAGGCCAGUGCGGAAGGGUGUUCGUGAAGGAGAAGGACACUUCCCUCAUGGAGACGUCUGAGGCCAAAAGUGUUGAGACUCCUGCCGUGGGAAAGACCGAAUUGGCUCCCAUUUGCGAUGCUGACGAUCACACACUCACUCUGGGUCAAUGCAGAGUAUGCACAAUCUGUCGCGAGUGCACUGGCUAUAACACAUCGUGCGUGGUGAUGCAGAGGAUCCCGCAGGAGCAGAGGAUUCCCGGAGCUGAUUGCGACUGUGGUCACGGCUGUGCUGGAUGCUCAAAGUGUGCCGCUUGCAAUGGGUGCAUCAAUCAGCAAGAGAGUGAGAGUGUGUCAGAAGCAACUGUCCAGCGGGACACCACGUCGUCGUCGGCGUCGAGAGUGAAGUACAGAGGUCCAGUGCUGCGGAAGAAGGAGAAGAAGUACGCCGAGGAGGCCAAUAUUGGAUCUGAUGCUGAGAGAGAUCAGCCGAGAGUGGCUCCUCUGCCACCGGCCAGAGUCACUCUGCCGUCCACAAGUCCUGUGAUUCAGAUCUCUUGUGGACUUCAUCACACUGUGGCGCUCACGAUGGCUGGCGAGGUGUUUACAUUCGGCAGCAAUCAGUAUGGACAGCUGGGAACGGGAGAUUUGCAGCCUGCUUCUGGUCCGGCUCAAGUGAAAGUGUCAGGAACGGUGACACAUGUCGCCGCAGGAUCAAAUCACACUAUUCUCAUGACACACAAGGGAGUCGUGUACACAUUCGGGAACUACCAGAAGGGACAACUUGGACGCUUUCCCAAUGAGUUUCAACAGAGAGAUGAUCCGUUGAUGGCGAAGUUUGAGUCCAAGAAUGAUCAGCCGACGGCUUCUGAGAUGCUGCAGCAGCGCCAGAAGUUCCUGUGGAACUGUAUUCCAGGUCCUGUGAUGGGAAUUGGACCGAACUUUGGCAAGAGAGCCACGUGGAUCAGUGCCAGUGGUGAUCAGACAUUCAUUAAGAUUGACGAAAGUCUGGUCACGGGAUCGAUGUUGGCCAAGUUGAAUAUUGUGGCGGACAAGAACACGAUGCUUCUCAUUCCAAAUGUUCCUCUGUCCUUUGAUUGCCUCACGAUAAAUCGUCAGGAUGGGACUUGCUCAACACACAGUCGAAAUCAGAUGGAUUUCACGAAGAUUAUCCAGUCGCAUCAAGCGACGAUAGAGCAAAUGGCAUCUGACAAGUGCAAUCAGAACACAGAAGUGCCCAAAGAUGCGAGUAAACAGAUGUCACAGAGUAUUCACGAGGCGAGGAAUCAACUGUUUGACUUCCAGGAUUGCCUGCAAGGCGGAAAGAGUGGGAAGAAUCCUCACAAAUCGAUGGAAAUUCAGCCACAAUUGGCCUUCACACUGGAGUCAAGUUAUGGGAAUUUGUGGGCUUUUGAUGCCAUCGCGAAGAAGAUGUACUGCUACAAUGUGAUUUCCAGUGAAAUGGUGAAUUCGUCUGUUGAUCACAGUUCAGAUUUGAGAGCUAUUUUGUCAUCUCAUCUCGCAUUGCCGUCAAAAAUGGAUGUUGCCAUAACACGAAGUCAAGCUUCACUGAAUCUUCUCGCAUGUUUGGACAUUUUGACAUCCUCAUCGGACAACAUUCCGCACUGUUUUGAGACGGUUGUUGAGCAAUCCAUGAACUCCGCCAAGGAAUCCGCGGGAAAUGACUUCCAGUCUGUGGUGAGAUUUGAGAAUUACGGCGGCGGAUGGGGAUAUUCUGGUCACAGUGUGGAAGCUAUUCGUUUCAUGGCCGACACGGACAUUCUGAUCGGAGGAUUUGGGAUCUUUGGCGGCCGUGGCGAGUACACGUGCAAGCUUAAGGUGUACGAUCUGGGAUCUGAGGGCGGUGGCUAUGAAAAGGACGGAGUUUUGAUUGCCGAAACUGACGACACGCCCUUCGAAUGUCCCGCCAGGAGUCGAUACAACAUGCUCCUGACAAAACCCAUCACAGCUUCGGCUGGAAAUUGGUUUCUGGUGUGGAGUAGAAUCUCUGGACCCUCGUCAGAUUGCGGAUCGUGUGGUCAGGCGAAUGUGACAACGGAUGAUCAAGUUGUGUUCACAUUUAAAUCUUCGAAGAAGGCCAAUAAUGGCACAGAUGUCAAUUCUGGGCAAAUCCCGUCGAUUCUCUACAAAGUGGUGAACAGGGAGUCAAAGCAGAUCACUGAUCAUUUUGAUAUUGAGCCCAUUCACAAGAUCUCCAAGAUGUUUGCCAAUUCUGUGACGAAGGAGUGCUUUGACAGCUUGGUGUCGCUCCUCAACUGGGCCUGGGGAACAUUCAAGAUGUCUCUGGGAGAGCUGAAGGAUCGACGAAGAUAUCUGCACGUUCACUCAUGCCUUGAGCGAUUGGUGUAUGUCAACAAAUCCUGUCUCAGGCUCCUCAGGAAGUACACCAAUGAAGUGUAUCCAGUGGUGACUGUUGACAAAGGUGAGAAGAAGAGUAAAUUCUGGGGAGAGUCCAAGGAGGAGAUCAGCAAGAGGAAAUCCACCAGUUUGACGGUGAACAAAGGCGCCUCCACGUCCAAGAUGACAACAAUUUCCACAAAGAUCUUCAGCUUGAGCACUGCCACUGUGGAGACUUCCACGCCGACGGCGGCAAAGAAGCCUAAUUCGGAGAAUCUCCUCCUGGCCGAGUGCAUUGGAGAGGUUCGUGCGCUGCUUAUGCAAAUUCUCUGCGAUGAUAUUCAGCUGGAGGCGGAAAGUGAGGCUUCUGAGAUGCUGACAAAUAUCCUGGAUGAGUGUCAUGUGACAUUUGUCAGCUGCUUCAAUGCCUUCUAUCCGACAUCAACACUGAAGUGGAAUUGUCUGUGUGAUCAACUUGCUCAGAUGGACAGAGGAGUUCUGCAUUCGCGUCUGUUGAGUGCUAUUCUCGCAGGACUCUGCAGUCCCAAUGUUCAGUUGCGAAAGACCUUUUCUCUCCUCACACCCAAUCGCGAGCGAAUCUCUCUCGUGAGUCCCAGUGACAACUCUGGACUGCCCAUGCUCACGUCCAUGGAGAAUCACUCGUAUCCGGUGCUCGUGGAGCAGAUGAUCUACAGGACGCAGCAGGAGAAGAGUGAUUUCCAUGCCAACACGUGGACAUUCAAGGAUGUUCUCAUGAAGCUGUUGAACAUCAUUUCCAAGCCAAUCAGAUCGAAGAUUGAGAACAUUUACCACAGUCGUUGUGGCAAUUUUCUGAACAUUGAUAUGGCGAGGAACACUAAUCAGGGCUUAAUCGACAAUUGCUGUCAUCUUCUUGCUCGAGUCUUGGCGGAGAUUGUCUACGAAAGUUGCACUUUUGAUUUCGAUGUGGCCCUAUUGCCAUCAAAGAGUCUCCAAUCAACUGGCUCGAGGUAUACAAGAACUGAUUCCAGCAGAACAUGGAAUACGGGCAAUUUUGGUCCAGACGCGAUUGCUUUCUCUGUGGAUAAAGCGGGGAUUGCUAUUGCGGGAGCAGUGAUUUACUCUGGUUCAGGAAGCUAUGAGUAUCAGCUGGAGCUUCUGCAUGACACAAUGGAUUCCAAGCUGCAAUUCCAGAAUCGCUGGGAGACUCUUGAGUCCACAUCAGGAACGUAUGAUCAGGAUGUUGUGCAGAAUGACAUGGUGGAGUUGAAAUUUGAUCGUCCAGUGCAGAUAAAGGAGCACGGACGCUAUGCCAUUAGAUUAUGCUCUCAGGGAUCGCGAACCUGUUCCGGAGAUGCUGGAGUGACAUCCUUGAGAGGUCCUUGUGGAGCAACAUUCACCUUCUUUCCCUGUGAUCUGAGCUUCAAUGGCACAACGCCAAUCAGAGGACAAAUUCCCAGUCUUCUCUACUACAGUUCUCCGCUGAGGAAUGAGAAUCACACUGGGAAGAUCAUCAAUGAGAUGCACGCUCGAGACACAGUGUUGCAAAUUGCAUCGGAUAUCACGAAGAAGUGUGCUGAAUUGUUGAUUUUGGCACGAAAUACAGCCGCAAUGACAGUGUCUCCGAGUGAAAAGAGUCCCAAUUCGUCAAACAACACCCAAACAAUUGAUUCUGAGCAUAAUAUCACGCCUAUUGAGGAGCACAUGGACAUAGCGUGGAGUAAUAAUUCCUAUCACAACACUUCGACGAGUUUCUCAGAGAGCAACAUGUCCACAGCGAGGGAUUUGACGAAGAAAAUUGAGUCCUUCUCAAAGGGCAUCAUUGAGACGUUGAAGUUUGAGAAACGUGCAACAAAUCCUUUUGAGUUUGAAAUUGAAAUUGGCGCUACUGAGAUUAAUCCGAAGGAUUUGCUGGAGGAGAAUGAUUUGAAUGACAGAAAUGUGAAGAAUGGCAAGUUUGCGAAGAUGAAUGGAAAUAACAGAAUAAUUGGCAAUGAUGACGAUAUCAGAAACUAUCUCAAUGAAGUGGCGGGAAAUCGUGAUGGUGACGAAGACUUCUCACAGAUGAGCACUUCGGGGAUUUUGGAGUUGUUUGGCUUGAGGGAUGCCAGUAUGUUUCACACUCUCUUGCCACUGGUCUUUGCCCACAUUGGACCUCUGGUGAACACCGAUCCGAGGAGUUGUGUGCAGAUUUUGAGUCUGAUUAGAGAUAUUUUGCCUCAUGUGGCGGCGCUGAAUCAACUUCAUGCCAGCAAGGAUGCCGAUGAGCAGCAGGGAGAGAAUGUGGAUGUACGGAACAGGAAUCAGGAGAGUCUCGACGGGCCGCUGAUGGAUUUGUGCACCACCAGCAAGCACUACUGCACAGUUGAGAGUGAUCAUCCGUACAAGAGUGCAAUGAUUAGCAGCUACAAGGUGGAAUUCCCUCCGAAUGUUCACUGGUUCUCCAUUGAGUUCGAUCCUCAGAGUGGCACCGCUCAGCCCGAGGACAGUUUGCUGCUCUCAAUUCCUCAGGCGCGCCUGAUCGCAUCUCAUGAGCGCACUGGACAUCAGUGUGAGGAGAGUAUAAACAGUAGGAAGAGUGUGGAUGUCAUCGCCAGCUAUUCAUCUGUGAAUGACGACAAUGCAUGGAAUAUGUUUAAUCAGCGCUCCUCAGACGAUGAAAAUUGGAUUGUGGUGAAGAAAUUCAACACGCCGUCGCAGUGGAAUCAAAAUUCAAUAAUACUUCCUGGAAAUUGUCUUCAGCUCUCGCUGGAAACUGCCACGAAUUAUCUGCACGAUCAGCAAGCCAAUCGGUAUGGAUUCAAGUGUCAGAUUGUUGGCUAUGAGAAUCCGUCGAUGGAGAAGUUUUCCAAUUCGUGUCUCAUUCGACUGGAGCACGAAUUGGCUUACCUGGGCGGAAUGUGCAGUGCAAAUCUGAUGAAGAAGGAUCUUGUGCUGCCGGGAGAUAAGUGUGAGGAUUUGUCGCCGAUCAGUGAGACUCUGAAGAAUCAUGCAAGUCUCCUGGGCAAAGGAUUCGCCUUGCCAGACUCAAUGUUGACCAUCAAUCAAGCGCUUGAUUCACAUCUGCCGAUUGGAAGUCACUCGAAUGAGCGUCAAUUCCUCAAAGACUUUGUUACCUGCGCUCCUGGAUCGUCAGGAGCCAGAUUGGCUGCUUGGCUCCAACCGGAACCUCGUCUGGACACGAACAAGUGCGAAUUGAAGGCGAUUGCGGAGCCAAUUCACUAUGGAUGGCCAACACAAUUGACCGUGGUGACACGCGAUCAAUAUGGUGAUCUUGUCCUCGUGGCGGAUUUGCGUGUGGAGAUCACAGCAAUUCCAGUGGAGGCGACAGGUAAUGGGAGCAGGAAGAUGCGUCGAAUGUCUUUUCUCACAUCCAGCGAUUUGGCACCGCCACCCAAAGUGCCCUAUGAACCCACCAUGAAGGACAGGAUGUGCUACAAGGCGAUCACUUUCAUGAAGGCCUAUGAGGAGUAUUCCUUUGAAGAGCUGCGAUUUGUGAAUCCCAUUCAGACGAGAAUUGUUGAAACACUCACGGCAAAGGAUAUGGAAGAUGGAACAUUUGGUGUGGCUUGGACGCCGAAUUCUGUGGGAAAUUUCUGUCUGACAGUGACUAUUGAUGGAAUUCCGCUGGAGAACAUCACGAGAGUUGAGGUGAAGGAGGCUGGAAUUCCUCCGCCACCGUCCAAUAUUAAGAGGGUUGAGCCACCGAAUAAAUUGCGGAGAUUCCGCACGAAGAACUCUGCUGGUCUGCGGAUUCGUGCUCAUCCUACACUGCAGUCUGAGCAAGUGGGAACAAUCAAGAUGGACGGCAUAAUCUCCUUCAUUGACGAGGUGGAGAAUGACGAUGGUGUGUGGGUGAGACUGAGCACAGAGUCCAUCAGGCAGCAUUGCACAAAUGCCUGGUAUCCAACGGAGGCGUGGUGUCUGCAGUACAAUCAGCAUCUGGGGAAGAUGCUUCUGCAUCCGGUGGUGGAGCCCACGACGACCAAGUGUGUUUUGGAGAGGAUCAGGAAGAACAGCACCUCAGAUGUGGAAUCAUUCGAUCCAGAAGCCAUUCCAGAGCCUCAGCCGAAGCUGAAGAUUAACUCGCCCAACAAGAAGGGCUUCGAAUUUUUCAGCUCAAACAAAUUCACGCCUCCACUAACGAGUGAUUUGCCUCCGGCGAGUGGAAGUCCUUUCGUAUUCCAGUCAAAGGCUGCCAAGACAAAGUGUGAGGGCGCAGCAUCUUUUGCUGCUGGAGAAGCCUCAACUUCCAGAGAGGAUUCGCCGCGCCAGGGCUGCGGAAAUUUGUCUCAGAGCCCCAAUCAAGGGACAAACAUUGGAUCGACCAUUGCAGGUGUGGUGGGGGGAGGAGCGAGCAAGCUUCAGGCUCUCAGCAAGUGGUUCAAGGGCGACAGCGUUGAGGGUAAGGAUUUCACGCGGAGAAAGUCGGAUUUUCAUGAAUUCGCCUCGGUUUCCGUGCGUGACAUUGUGAAGGCCAUUGGAGGACAGGAUUCGGGGAAGAGUAAUGGCAAUGGAGUGACACCACCAUGUGGCAGUCGCUCUUCGAGUCCCGUGGCCAUUCCGCAGUUGAAGCAGGCGGAUCAGAGUCACGUGAGAGUGCAAAAUGUCGAGGAAUUCUCCAGCGGGAGUCCAGAUGAAAGUGGUGGAAAAUUCCCUGCUGACGUGCAGGACUUUUCAACGCCACUGUAUGCAGGAAAUUUUGCAAUUGGAUCCAAUGCGCCAGUGUCACAUGAGGGAUCAUCGCCAAAGAGAAGCCCCAGAAGGUCGAGGAAUAGGAAAUUAUCACCAGGCAUACAACAAUUAAGCGUCACUGAUAGAGACAGUUCAAUUAGUCAGACAACGUCCAGCAAUGAUAAGUCAAUCAGCUCUGGCGAGGCAACAGAGACGGAAUUUCCUAUUAGAAGUAAUGUGCCGAAAAAGGCUCUUCCGCCGGCACUGGCGGAGAGCUUGAGGGCGGUUUUUGCGGCAUUUCUCUGGCACGAAGGCAUUGUUCAUGAUGCCAUGGCGUGUGCGUCCUUCCUGAAGUUCCAUCCAACAUUGUCCAAGCAAGGUGCCGUUGUGGUGACCAGAGGAGAGGCGAAGGAUGCUUCGCUGACGAAGGAGCAAAAGGCCCAACAGAGACACUCUGUGGAAGUGGCAAAUGCGGGGAAUUACUUAAAUAUUCGUCCGUCGACUUUAGAGGCUCUGGCCAAGUCGGGAAACUCAUCCGUGCACAAUCGUCGUCGUGGGGAGAAGUGUAAAUUGCAUUCAUUGCCGGAGAUUGUCACAGUACUGCCUCCUGCUCUGAGAUGUCUGGUGUAUUUGUGGGAGCAACUGUGCCUGAACUGUGUCCAGUUGGUGCAGAGCAAUGCUCUGUCAUCCUUCUCUGAUCAACCGGCCAAAGACAGUCCUCCCAAUCGAUCAGCUCGUGAUAUCUUCGGGGAGUUUAACUGUGAAUCACGCAAAGGGAGGAAAAAGAAGAAGGACGAGGGAAGCUACUGCGAGAUGUGUGAAAUCUUCCUGCCCAUUCCAGUGACAUACCACAUGCGCAUUGUCCAUCCGGGCUGUGGGAAAUCGGCGAAUGGCAAGGGUUACAACUCUGUGGGAACCUAUUGCAAGGGAUGGGCGGGAAAUUGUGGCGAUGGCGGCAAGGGAGCCACAAGUUGGUACUUACUGUGUGAGAAGUGUCGCGACAAAAAUCUCCCAGGACAGAAGAACAUCAAUCUCAACUGCUCUCCACAAUCUGCGGGGAAUAAGCUUGAGAACUUGUUUGGCCUAAAAACGUCCCUCAUUGUUAAUUCGGAUAUUUAUACGAUGAUGAAGGAGAAUGCGCUAUUUCUGCUCGAGCUCUCGUCCAAUGGCAUCGGCAGUGUGACGGCAGAUCAAAAGCGAUCACCACAGCAGAUCCCAAUCAUGACAGAGGAUCAGGUCAAUCAAUUGACCAGCGAUAUGAGCAAGCCUGGCACCAGUAGAGGCGACGCUGGGCGGGAGAGUUUCAAUCAGAAGAUGAUGCACAGGCUGAGUGGCAUCAGAACGUCGCCGAGAGAUGGAAAACUGGUGGCAAAUCAAGCUCGAGCGGGACAUGGAGUCUCAGGCUGUCUCUCGCCAGAACUACUGUGGCCGGCGCCUGAGAUAUUCUCCUGCCUCGAAUCUCUGGGAGCAUCGCUGAGCGAGGACAUUCUGUACAACAUGUUCGAGUACAACUCUGGGGAAAAUGGAUGCGAUAGGCCUCUCUCGGACAUCUCGUUUGACUCAAUCGACCAGACGGGAACUGAUAUUCUCGGUCAGCUCAACACAUCGUCCAAUAUGAAGUUCCACCGGAGCUUCUCAAUGGGUCAGGGAUGGAAUGGGCAGUCACGCAAUUACAGCAAGUUCUACGGUGGUCAGAAUCAAGAGGCGUCCAGCAAUCAAGUUGAUGCGGGAUCGCGUGUCAUUCUGCGUCGGCGGAAUAACUCAACAUGCGACAGUGAUGCCGGCUCCCUCCUGCUGUGCUAUCCGUCCAAUAAUCUGCGGAAGUUGGUGCCUGAGGAGUUCAUUGGGUCGUCGUGUGUGGUGCAAACGGCUGCAGCUCCACCUCAGGCGGCGGAUGAGCUUGAGGGCAACACUAAUGUUAAUGCUGAGCAGGCGGGCAUGACGUCCAGCGGUGGGAAGAAGAAGGAUGGCUCUGUGGCGACGUGUCUCAUGUCCAGGCCAGUGAUGGCGUUCAUUCUGAAGCAGCAUGAUCUGCUGAAGCUGCGAUUUGCCAUGAAGAGAAGCCUCAGAGUGGCCACGUGCAGAAUAUACUCUCUGCAGGCACUCAAUUGGCUCAUGAGGACUGUGACGCAGACGAUUUGUCUGCACGAUCUCAUGUGGUGGUUCGUGACAUCUUUGACGCCGGUGGCUGAGGAGAGAGUGGAGCCUGACGGAGAGAUUGCACUGGAGCAUCCCGUCUCGACGACACAAUUGAGUGGUCAUGUGUCCUCUGUUCUCACACAGAGUCUCCACGCGUUCCUGCAAACCGUGGCGGACUUGACGCUUCUGCUUCCUGCCGGAUCAUCACUGCAGAGGACAGCCAUUCAGUGCUUCGGGAUACGCUUUCGGCAGGCAGAUCAUCAGUUUCUGCACAGGUCUCGAGUUUUUGGGAAUAUCUCGAAGAUUCUGUCGCGAUCUGACGAGCAGAAUGAAAAUAUGGUUCUGUCCUCGACGAUUGCGCUGCAAGAGUCCAACUACAAUUUGCAAAAUAGUAGCACCAAGAUUUCCAGUCUCAUGGAUUUGCAGGGCAUGUUUGAGCUGACUGUGUCGUCGCGACAGGCAAUGGUGGGCGCGCUGAUAGACAACUCCACGGAGACGUUCUGGGAGAGUGAUGAGGAGGACAGGAACAAGUCCAAGAUCAUAGAUAUCUCCAUGAGCAGGCUGAAUUAUGUGUGCAGGCAGAUUUUUGUGCACAUUGACAACAGUCGAGACAUUGGGAAUAAAGUGCAGAACAUCAUGUUCUAUGCUGGACAAUCUCUGGGCGACACCAAUCUGCUGAAGAGUGUGGACAUUGAGGGUGUGACGAAUCAGGGCACGUGGAUCACAGCCACAGUGAAGGAUGAGUGCUCAACACACUUCAGACUUGUGCUUAGUGGUCAGGAUCCCACGCUGAGAGUGAGGAGUAUUCGUUUGAUGGGAUAUCCACUGCUGGAGGACAAACUCCUCUUGCUGAAGCACAAUCUCAAGCUGACAAACUCCCUGCAGAUUCAGCACAGAAACUGCGAGGCGGAAACACUGAGAGUGUUUAGACUCAUUACGGGACAAGUGUUUGGGAAGUUGAUUCUGGGCGAACAGCAGCAAGAUUAUCCGAGUGAGAACUACUCAGCGGCCGUGAUGGAGUCCAGUGGAGCCAGUAUGCAGGCGGAUUCGCUGGAUAUGCGCGAGCACAUGGUGGGAAUUCUCUUCAGUCGCAGCAAAUUGUCACAUCUGCAGAAGCAGGUGAUUGUCCACAUUGUGCAUGCCAUUCGGAAGGAGGCGCAGCGCUCCAAGGAAGAGUGGGAAGCGGUGAAUGCUGUGGCGCAGAUUGAUGGGAAGAGCGAUGUGAGCAGUGAGAAUUCUCGUCCGCCAGACACGUACUGCUUCGAGAUGCUGAGCAUGGUUCUGGCACUGUCCGGCAGCACUGUGGGCAGAUCCUAUCUCUCCCAUCAGUAUGGCUUGCUGAAGGAUCUGCUUACGCUCCUGCACACAGGUAGCGAUCGUGUGCAGCGUCAAGUGACGGCUCUGCUGCGUCGCAUGCUGCCGGAAAUCUCACCGGACAGCCUCGGAGAUUUGCUCAACAUCACCAAAAUGCCACCCACAGACUUUAGUAUUGUUAAUCAGAGCGGUGGGGAUUUCGAUAUGAAGCGUCUGGGGAUUAUUGACAUCUUCCUGGCGGUGGUGGCGAAGUCACUGCAGCUGCAGGUGAAGGUGAAGAGCACAACGGUAAUCAGUGGCGCUCCGGGAGCGAAUAAGAGUCCGCCAGUGGUGAGAUUGUCUCACUGUAUUGACUUCAAUGUGCACAAUCUGAAGGCGUCGCUGGAGAGGAAAGAUGAGUUCAUUGAUUUCGGCGACAGCAGUUGGGAGGAGGGCGAUCAGUCGGCCAUUGAGGAGGUGCACGAGCUGGAGGACGACAGUCAGAAGUAUGAAGUGAAGCGGAGACCCAAAGAAGAUGCUCGGAAUUUGAAUCAGCGAUGGUUUCUCAAAGGAUCAAUUUCGGUGAAGCAAGCGGAGAAUAUUAUCAAUCUCAUCAGGGAUAUGGCGAGUGGAAAACUCACAGAGAAGUGGUCUCUGGUCACGAAGGCGGCCAUUGCUGAGUCGAUCCUCAAUCUUACGCGUCUGGAUGAGGUGUUUAGAUCUCCUGAGAAUUGCAUCAAGACAGCCACACUCUGGCUGGCUCUGGCGAGUCUCUGUGUCCUGGACACUGACCAUGUAGAGCGUCUCUCAUCUGGACAGUGGUCAAAGACGUCCGAAAGCCGACCAUUGUGCUCCAAUCACGAUGACGGCGUGACCCCGGCAGUGAUUCAGUGUGACGCCUGUGGCAGUCUCUGCUGCGAUUGCGACAGAUUUCUCCAUCUCAACCGCCGGACGCGAUCUCACCAUCGAACGGUGUGCAAGGAGGAGGAGGAGGCGAUCCGUGUGGAGCUGCACGAGAGCUGUGGACGCACGAAACUCUUCUGGCUGCUCGCCCUGGCGGACUACAAGACACUGAAGGCGAUGGUGGAGUUCCGCGACGGCAGCAAUACCAUCAUCUCAGGGCCUCUGGUGGCUGUGGGACGGUGUCGCUUCUGCGGCGUCACGGGGAACUCGGGUCUGCUGGCUGUGGGAAAUGUGUGUGCCGAUGCGCAGUGUCAGGAGUACGCGGCUGUGGCGUGUGCCAAGAUCCGACCGUGUGGCCAUGCGUGUGGCGGAGUUGCUGGGGAGGCAAAGUGUCUGCCGUGUUUGCAGCAUCUGUGCGCCUCGCGGGAGAAUGACCAGACGGAAUCGACGCCACGACUGACUCAGGAUGCCGAUGAUAUGUGCAUGAUUUGCUUCACAGAAGCGCUUUCCUAUGCGCCAGCCAUCCAGCUGGAUUGUGGCCAUGUGUUCCACUUCCACUGCUGCAAGGCUGUGCUGACGCGUCGCUGGACAGGACCGAGGAUCAGCUUUGGCUUCUCACAGUGUCCGAUCUGCAAGGGUGACAUACAGCACACGCUGCUCGUGGAAAUCCUAGAGCCCAUCAAUGCGCUGAAGGACGACGUGAAGAGGAAGGCGAUCAUGAGAUUGGAGUAUGAGGGAAUCGAGAGCAUGUCAGCGGACAGAGAUCUCACGACGUACGCAAUGGACAGAUACGCCUACUAUGUGUGCUACAAAUGCCAAAAGGCAUAUUAUGGGGGCGAGGCGCGCUGUGACGCCGAGAUUGGUGACAAUUACGAUCCACAGGAGCUCGUCUGUGGCGGCUGCAGUGACAUCGCGAGGGCGCAAAUGUGUCCGAAGCACGGCACGGACUUUCUGGAGUACAAAUGCCGCUACUGCUGCUCCGUGGCGGUGUUCUUCUGCUUCGGCACCACUCACUUCUGCGACACGUGUCACGAUGACUUCCAGCGUCUCACCAACAUCCCGAAGAACAAACUGCCGCGCUGUCCGGCCGGACCCAAGGCCAAGCAACUCCUGGGCGAGGACUGUCCGCUGCACAUCGUCCAUCCCGCCACCGGGGAGGAGUUCGCCCUGGGCUGUGGCAUUUGCCGCAACGCGCAGACCUUCUAGAGAG